AUGCGAAUGCCUUACUUUGAUCCCAAAAGGCUCUCUCGUCGCGCAAUCAACUUCCUCCUCCUCGGCCUCUCCCUCCCACCUAUAUUAGACGCACAUUCAACACCUAUGGAAUACCUCCGUGCUCUCCAUGCCCUCUUACUCGAAUUCGAAACAUUUCAACAAGUCCAUAAUCCAGAUGGGAACUUUUCAUCAAACCUGGUGCGCGCACGACUGCCUCAAAUGUUCAAAAGGGCAACAUACACCGGCAAUAAAGCCAGGCGAGCAAGCUCAGCCAACGAAAUCGGUCUACCCAUGCAUUUCAGUGACUCAUCAGACGUCAAAGCGAUGACGGGUAAUCUUGCAUCUUCGGCGACUGCUGCAUCGGCGGUUACAUCUUUCCCCAACACCGAUUCUUCUGAUCUACUUCCGGGAGAGGAAUACACAUAUCUUUUGACGCCAUCACUUCCAUUUGAUCCAGACUUUUUCGAAACAUUCGUGACGCUUUGCGAUGUAUUAAUUGACUGUUAUAAUAGACUUACAAGUCUGAUUUCUUCGCCUGCUGUAUGUACCACAGCCUUGGGCGAGUUGUUUACUAAGACGGAUGCAAAGCUGCGCAAGGUCAUGGUUGCGGGUGUCGUCAGAGACUUUGAAGAUGCGAGUAGAAGUGGCGCCAAAAGCGAAAUUGGAGGAGUCAGCAGGGUUGUUCUAGGUGGUUUGCUGGGAUAG